UGCUAGGCGUAGAUAUUACUAAAGAACUUUUGAAAGACUCUACAAGGCUCACUAUUUUCUUACAAGAAUGCUUAUUGUUGGGCAGUUUACGAGGGUUCCGGCACUUUGAGACGUUUGUUAGAGGGAGAGAAGAGUUGAUCUUAUGUGUCUAUACAGAUCAACACCAACCAGAGUAUACAACGCUUAUGCCACAAGCCAUACUCGAGAAAAUUUACCCCAAAAAAGCAGUUGAAUGGAAAACCCAAACAUUGAUUAGUCCAUCGGAUAAAGAUCUUUCACAGGAAAAAGAGCGUAUUGUAUUUCUAAUAGCAGGAUAUGCCAUGUAUCGAUGUCCUUACGUUUGGUUGAGAUCACAUCAAAAAGAAUAUCUUCGUACACAAACUGAUAAAGACGAUCAUCCCUUACACUUAAAAAAGACAAUGGAAUGGAAGAAUAGCAAUGUGUCUUUAUGGGAAAUUGUGACCGAAAUUUUGUCCAUGACAACUAAGCCUGAUAAUCCCUUUGAACUUGAUCUAGCUUAUAUUGAUAAUUUACCUUUAGAAGAAGCUAUCUUGUUAACAAGCUCUUUACUCUGCUUUCUUGAAAAUGUAUGGAUUCAAGCUGAUCCUAGUGUUAUUUUCAUGGACAAAGUGUAUCAUGAUAUUCAAUGGUUACAGUCAAAGCAUUUAGAUAAAAGGGACACAUAUGUAAGAAAAAGAGGCUGACAAAUGGACCUACAUUGUGGCUUAUCCUCUGCUCAUCUUUUUUAAAAAAAGUCCAAUUUUUUUGCAGUACUUUUUUUUUCCUUCUAUUUUUCUU